CAGCUAUGAAACUGGAGCUAUUGUAGAAUCUUAUACCAAUGCGAAACUGGAUUUCGUUUAAAUUAUGCUAGAUAAUAUGACGCAGUUGGUGCAUUGAACAAAAGGCGGAAUCGGGCUAAUACGAGUACCAUCAGGGGAAAAAUUAAUAGUGUGCCACAGAAACGUAGAAUAUGGAAUUUCUUAGUAUAAUGCUGCAUAUCGCACCAAAUAAAACUAUGCCCGAUGAUCCAAUAACUGGUACAAAAAGGCGUGAAGUAAUUAGAGUGUCUACUGAUGGCGAUUGUAUACCCCUCAAAUGGAAUUGGGCUGCAACUUGGUUCACAGCGCCCCCAAAAUUUAAGGACUUUUUUGCGCGAAUUCACCAGUUCGAAGUGAGAAAUGAUGAUGUCUUCAUAGUCACCUUUCCGAAAUGUGGGACAACUUGGAUGCAAGAAGCCGCUUGGUUGCUACUUAAUAACUUGGACUAUGAAGAUGCGAGUCGAGCGCAUUUGCUAAAGCGCAGCGUCUACAUGGACAUCAGUAUGUUAUAUGAUCCAAGGUACGAAGACAGCGUAACAUUGGCUGAACAGCUCAAAUCGCCACGAUGUAUCAAAUCUCAUUUGCCACCGCAUUUAUUGCCGCGCCAAAUUUGGCAAAAGAAGGUGAAGUUAAUUUACUGUGCUCGCAACCCGAAAGAUGUUUUGAUCUCCUUCAGUCACUUUAUACGCGGCAAGGGCGCCUAUCAAGGCGACGAGGACGAUUUUUUUAAUGACUUCUUAAAUGCUAAUAUAACUUAUACUCCUUUUUGGCCUCACGUUUUCACCAUGUGGCAAAUGCGCACCGAGCCGAAUUUAUUUUUCGUCACCUUUGAGGAAAUGAAACGCAAUCUCCGGGGAGUUUUGGAGCGUUUGAAUGUGUUUUUGGAGAAACCCGCUUUGACUGAAGAGCAGAUGGAGAAGCUAUUGAAGCACCUGUCAUUCGAAAAUAUGAAAGCAAAUCAUCAAACGAAUCCAACGGAAAUAAUUAAAGGUUCUGGUCAAAGGACUGUGGCUACCGACUUUGAAUUUAUGCGUCGUGGCAUAGUUGGCAGCUACAAAGAUGAAUUGAGUGAGAGAAAUCAGCGGCGCAUAAAUGACUGGUCUGAGCAAUUCCUUAGCCAAUUUAAUGUUAGGGAAGCCGAUAUUUUCGGCGAUACCUAACGACUCCAAGGAUGCCAAUUAAAAUGUAAAAAGAUGAACUGGAGGAGGACAAACGAUGGUUCAGACUUUAGCUUCAUAGGAUUCGUGCAGUUUGUGUUGUGGUUUUUCAAAGGAACUCAGUUUCAUUUAUAUUAUGUUUUAUUAUUUGAAAUAUAAAUAUAUGUACUACAUAUGUAUAUAACCUAAUCUUUUAAACAAUA